GCUCAAUUUCAUACUCAGUCAGACAAUCAUUAUAAGCAGAUGUAAAAGGAGUUUCUGGUUCUGUUACACUAAAUGUCACUAAAGGUCACUAGUCGCACUCUGACCGAGUUUAUUGCUUGAUCAGCCAAGCAAAGAGAUCCAUGCUGCACCCGACCUGACUGCUCAUCUCCUCGGGACGGAAUGAAGCGCCUGUACCUGGUGGAGCCGGUGGUCGCCGUGUACGCCUUUGUCAGUUUUUUGGGUUACCCCCUGCUGAGCCAGUAUGUGUACCGCCGUCUGUGGCAGCAGAUAACCAACAGCUCGUACCCGGCACUGAACACCUCCUCACGAUGCAGCAACCGCAGCAGCACCAACAACCACAGCAGUCAGCUGGAGGCGGUGCAGGAAGCGGCCUCGCUGUUCUCCAUGGUCUCCGAACUUUGCUCCAUGAUCCCCAGUCUGGUGGUGACUCUUGUCCUGGUGACCUACAGUGACCGGUACGGACGUAAAAUCACCAUCAUCCUCCCGCUCAUCGGCUCCCUGGUCUAUUGCUUGUCCUUCAUGGCUGUGUCCAUCUUUGAGCUCAACCUGUAUCUGCUGAUUGCAGCGUCUUUGGUCAGCUCCCUGUCCGGUGGCAUCGGCACCAUCCUGGGAGGCUGCUUCUCUUACGUGGCCGACCUGCAUGAGGACGGAAAGCAGAAGACUCUACGCAUGGCGGGGCUGGACAUGAUGAUCGGGUUACUAUCCGGCGUGGCCUUGAUAUCCUCCGGCUACUUUUUAGAAGCGACCGGAUUUCACUGGCCCUUCUUCACCGCUGCCAUUUUCCAGCUAGUCAAUUUAAUUUAUGUUGUUUUUUUUCUAGAGGAGAGCAGGGUGAUCGAACGUACCGAAGCUAACGGCUUUACGGUGCGGAAGCUCAUCCUGGGGAUCUAUAACCUCUUUGCGCAGGGCAGCAGAAGGAGAAACUGCUUUCUCUUGCUCCUGAUUACCGUCUUGUGCUUGUUUAGCUUCGUCUACUUCGGGGGUCUGAGCGUGAUCACGCUUUACGAGCUGAACGAGCCGCUGUGCUGGAAUGAGAUCCUCAUCGGCUACGGUUCUGCUCUCACCACGGCUGUAUUCGCUGUCAGCUUCCUCGGCGUGUUGUUGUUUUCACGCUGUCUCCCUGAACUGACCAUUAUUUUUAUAGGGAUGCUGUCCGUCUGUGCUGGCCUGAUGAUGAUGGCCUUUGUCAAGACCACUCUGCUGAUGUUCCUUGUGAGGAUUCCUAUGCUCCUGGCCAUCAUGCCUUUCCCCAUCAUGCGCUCCAUGAUGUCGAAGGUGGUCUCAAAGUCUGAGCAAGGUGCCCUCUUCGCCUGUGUGGCUUCCGUUGACAACCUCACCGGUACAGUAGCGAGUGCAGCGUUCAACAGCAUCUACGCCAAAACAGUGGGCUGGUUUCCAGGCUUUACCUUCCUUCUGGCUGGGGGACUUUGUCUUAUCCCUAUAAGCUUGCUAGGCGUGCUUCGAUUCCUUCGGCAAGAGGACGUCAAUGAAACCGAGAAUCUGUUAGCAGAAGAGGGAACUCAGGACUCAGAUCACACACCUGUAGCCUAAAAAUGAGGUGACCGUGGUCGCAGCUGCGUGUCUCCUCUUUCUCCGAGGCUCUGUGUAGAUUUGGAUUCCAUUAUUACAUUCUUGUCAUUAGUUGUGCACUUUGCACUUUGCACUUUCUGACCCGAAAGCCACGAUUGCAAAUAUGCGGCGCUGAGCUGCAGGAAAAGGUGCAGAGCCAAAAAAAACAGUCUGGUCAGUUAUUAAGGGAAGUUUAGGGGAGUUUCUGUUACAUUAUAGAGUGAGUGUGUGUUCAGUGUUCUGCAAACUAUUAGAAUAACUAAAUAGAUAAAAAACUAUUUAUCUACAGUUGUGAUUGGGAAUAUUCAGCUCCUCUGUAAUUUCCAUUACGCACACCUUGGCUUUUUAUGUAUGAACUGUAAAGUUUCAUGCUAAAGAACCUGUUACAUUAAAGAAGGGAGAAUUAAUUUGGCAAAUAUUAUUUUAUUGCUUACCAGUUUAUCAAAUGUUCAACCAAACUCUAAACAACCUUUAUCCACCUCACAUCUGUGAGCAAUAGUCUAUAAGAUAUAUCCAGUGCCAAAAAUAUGCAAUAGUUUAUAUGUUCGUCAUGUGUAUUAAAUUUCCUACAUAAUUUCUAGAGAUAUCAGCCAAAAAAAGUCGACCAACCAGUUUAAAUGACCAGAUCAGCCUUGCAUUAUUCACACAAAAUAUAAAAUAAUUUCUAAUCAUUUCUAGUUGAUAGAAAUAAAUAUAUAAAUAUUAUAAGUAAAGAUCAAGAGUAUAUUAUGUAGGAGAAUGUAGUAUCAGUCCUGGUACUUUAGGGAAAAGGUUUCAGCUAUGCAAUAAAUAAAUAAUACAUUUUUAUUACAUUUUUAUUACCAGGUUACAAGGUAUAUUGAAGUGCCUUUAUAGUGUGUGUAUAUUUACUUAUAUUUGCAACAUGUCAGUUAUCCUGUUAUAUGAUUUUGUGUUCAGAAGGGAAUACAAAAUACUUUUAAAAGUCAAUUUUUUCAUCUUUUUAGUGAAGCUCAUUUUUUCAGCUAGUGCACUUGUCAGUGCGCUCUUAGUGCAGGUCCCAAGCCUGGAUAGAAAUAGAAGGGUUUCUUAUGUUGUCGGUGUGUAAGAGGUCAAUUAUGAAGUAUUUGCUCCUGAUUUUAUAUAAAUAUUCUAUUCCAGUGUGUGUCUCUUUAAUUUCUUGACUUUUCCAGAUACGUUACUCAGUACAAUUUCCCCAAUGAAGGAGUAAACAACUGCUGCAAAGAACUAAUGACACAUACAUCUGAUUAGGUUUUGUGUGUCAUUGUUACUCCAGGAACCAAAGUUAGUGAUUAUAUUUCUAGUUUGCUAUAUUUUAUGUAUAAUUUACAUAAAGAGUGUUUAAUACCAGGCCAGCUCGAGGCCGUGCCAGUGUAAAACAUGUUAAUAGAGAGUUUUAAUAAUAAUAAUUAUUAUAAUAAAGAAAUGAUUGAAAUAGUUUUA